CGUGUCCAAGGGGCGGGGCCGGAGGUGGCGGCGGCGCGGGAAGCAGCGGCCAUUGCAACCGGAUUCGUUCCUCCAUCCGCCUUCUCCGGCCGGCAGGAAUUCCCGGAAAGGCGCCCGCAGCGGAGCACUUCCCCCAACACCCCUCCACAACACCCCGCUACACUCACACACACACACAACACUGCAAGCCCGGCGCGCCAUGGUCGCCCGGACCCGGCUGCAGAAGCAGGUGCUGAGCCUCUACCGGCAGCUGCUACGCGCCAGCAAGUCCAAGGCGGGUUUCGCUCCGCGCAUCCGGGAGGAAUUCCGCCGGAACGCCGCCAUCCCGGCCCGCGACGCCCUGCGCAUCGAAUUCCUGCUGCGCCGGGGCCAGCGGCAGCUGGAGCUGCUGCGCGCAGCCAACACCAAGAGCUCGGGCUCCUUCGGCCGCGCCGGCUCCGCGCCGGAAUGACGCCCGCCGGGAGGGCGGAAUUCCCGCCGAGCCGCCGCCAUCCCGGAUUUAAACGUUUUCCUGAGGGAGGAAAAAGAAAAAAAAAACAACAAAA